AUGGGACGUGAGGAGCAAGGAAGGACUUGGCGCAUGGACGCAGCUCAACUGGACACGCAAAGGAAGAAGGAGGAAGUCAUCUUGAAGACCAGCUCGACCACCUACUCGACCAUCCGGUCGAGUUCCUCAACUCGACCGGCCAAGCUUCAACUCGAUCGAGCUGAGAAGUCAACAGUCAAACCCGAAAAAUGCUACAUGACCACUACCCCUGGCUUGUAUGUCAUAGGCGAUUUCCACAUGGAAGUGAUGGAAAUCGCUUGGAAAAGGUCCACUAAGAGCUCCAAUAACUCUUGCUCUCGAAAUGGAGUUCAUAGGGUUGGAUGGAUUAGUUUGAGCAAUGAUCCUAUGCCUCCAAGGCUUGAUUCUCACUGGCUAACCCCCUGUUUCUGA